AUGCCGCCGCGGUCAUCGCUCACAUCGUCUUUUUCCAUUACCGAUGCGAACAACGAGGUCGUCUGUCCACUGCGCAAUCAAGAUGGCUCCAGCUGCCGCAAGCGUUGCAUCGGAGAAAAGCGGUACCGCUCUAUGCAGGAGCACAUCCGCCGCGCUCAUCCGGAGCACUACAUUGCCAAGCUGCCCGCGACCGAGGAAAGCUUCCUGCUCAUGAUCAAUACUUCGCCGAGCGAACGACCUCAAGCUCCACCCACCUCAGCCCCGCCGCCUCAUCACCAGGCCAAAGGACCCUCGUCACACGGCUUCCGGCGAGACGGGUCUAAUGGCGCCGGCACACCGCGGAGGUUCGAAGAGUCGUAUUCUGGGGGUGCAAUGUUUCCUGCCGCUGCGGCACUUGCUCAGUUGCAUCACCACAAAAGUGACUCGGGGUGGGAAUCCGAUGUGGAAUGGCAUUCUGACACCGAGGGGAUGAGACGGCCCCGGUCGUCCGUGGAACUACCCCCCAUACAGUUGUCUACUGCAGACAUCACCAGCGCGCCGCUUCCGAGCAUUGACUCUGGCAGACCGCGCGAUCUUCUUCCUUCUAUUAUGACACAUUCGCCGCCUGGUCGCUCGUCCACCCUCCCGCCCCUACAUAGAUCGCUAGGGCCCAGUCGCCCGCGUAAGCAGUCCAUCUCUAAAAGAGGGCAUCACAGGAAGAAGUCUAAAGGGGUGACGUCGGACUGGCUACGCCGCAUACAAAAUGACGGCAACUCGGACCUGCUGCGACCUGGUGGUGGCCUCGAUAGAAAAGCGCUUUCGGCUGAGCCCACGGCAGACUACGGUAAGCGUUGGGAGGACCUGAUCGAUGCGGCUACCUCGGCAACGGAAGACAUAGAUGAGGACAGAACUCCAGUGAGUCUCAAGUUCCCUUCGAUGCUCGACCCGCGCCUGACGAGUCAGAUGCCACAAUCGCCCGUGUCCAUCCAAAGGUCGUCGCUACCGCCGUUCACACAGCCGCAUCCUUUCUCAAACUACCAGGCCUCCCCUCUCCAACGGGCUCUGACCCCUCCGUCCUACAACCCCGAAGCCCCCGAGCCGUUCCCGUCGGUCGAGAGCGGGGAAAGCGGGGAUACCUUUCACAUCGACUCACGCGGCCUGACCUCAGACUCGUCCCCGAGCUACUCGUCUCAGAACACGCAGAUCUAUUGUGCCGCGUGCCAGGGUAUAUCGCUGCUACGGGAAUCAUACGCCUGUACCGAGUGCAUCUCCGGGCUCUGCCAGGCCUGUGUCGACGUACUUAUGGGCGAGCAAGGUGCGCGCAGAAAAUGCCCGCGAUGCGCGACCAUAGGAGGCCGUUUCAAGCCGUUCCAGCUCGACAUUCGGUAG